GCGCUGACCAACAUGGCCGCGUGCAGUGUGGAAGAGCUGUUGGCUAAAGCCGAGCAAGAAGAGUCAGAAAAACUGAAAAGCAUCACCGUCCACAAAGAGCUGGACCUGGAGUUCGACAUCGGCAACCUGCUAGCUUGUGACAAGAACCGUAUCGAGACCCGGGACUUCAGAGAGCAGAAGAAAGAGGACUUCCUCCGCUCGUUAGCUCGUGACAACACGCAGCUUCUCAUCAACGAGAUCUGGAAACAACCCACGGAGAGAGUCGAGGAGGCGAUAGUGGUCAAGUUACCCGACUCUGUGACCCAGCUGCCCAGAGAGAAACCACCCCCGAAGGCCAGACCUCCUACGAAAUGGGAAGAGUUCGCCAAGCUGAAGGGCAUACAGAAGAAGAAGAAGACCAACUUAGUCUGGGAUGAAACUGCGAAGGAGUGGAGGAGGCGCUGGGGCUACAAGAGGGCCAAAGACGACACCAAGGAGUGGCUGAUUGAGGUGCCGGAGACUGCAGACCCAAAUGAGGACCAGUUCGCCAAACGCGUCAAAGCCAAGAAGGAGAGAGUGGCCAAAAACGAGUUCAACAGGUUGAAGAACAUCGCCAGGGCCCAGAAGGUGAAAGUGCCAGGUGUGGGACUGACCCCUGUAGCCCAGCAGUCCAAAGAUGAGCUGGCCAGAGCUGUGAGCGUGGCCAGAUCCUCCACGGCAUCCAUGGGCAGGUUCCAGGACCGCCUGCCUAAAGAGAAACCCCCAAAGAACAUGGGCAAGAAGAGAAAGUUUGAGCCCCUCAUCGGUAACUUUUCCAACGAGAAGCAGAAGCAGCUGGAGCUUCUGAGAGUUAUGGACAGCAAGAAGCCCAAGUUGGACAUCACCAAGGCUGUCAACAAGCAGAUGAGAGAGGAGGACAGGGAGGAGGCGUCGGCUAAACACAAGAGGGGAGCAGGGAAGAAAGGGCGCAAAGGCAGCAUGGCAGGGAAAGGCAGAGGGAAGGGUGGGAAAGGAAAAGGAGGUAAAGCUGGUGGAGCUAAAGCUGGUGGAGGUAAAGCUGGAGGAGGGAAGAGGAGAGGCAAACCAGGGAAGCACUGAGGACCCUGACUCUCCUGCAUCCUGCUUCAUCUGUCCGUGCCUUGGCAUCAAAACUGGACUGAACUGAUGCAAUAUGAACGAUGGGUGUCGUGUCGGGACUGUCCAGGAUUUUUGUGGCUCUUUAACUAUACGUUGAAACUGUCACCAAAUCUGUAAAUAUCUGUCCCAGCAUUCAUGGAGGCGUCCUGAUUAAUAUGUGUAAUAUUAAUGGAAAAAUACUUCAACUGCAGCACACAUUAAAAAAAAAGAUCAGGUGAUUGUGUUUCCUGUUUUAAUUAAAUGCAGAUAGCAGCAGACAUUUUUCACUUUUAUAUGACUUUUAAUAGUGAGAAAAUGUACAGAUGCAACUUAUAGCGCAGCAGCAACAAAAUUGUAAACAAUGUAGUCAUAGAAAACACAGUGUGCAGUGCUCAUUUCCUCAAAGAUUGCACACAUGGUAAGGAGAGAGUGCAGCAUGCAAAGAAUUUCAAGUGCUGUAGAGAAGUAUUUCCUUCUAAAAAUGUGUUAUUUAAGAUAAACAUGACAUUUUUUUUGGUCACUUUUCACUGUAAUCAUUAAAAAUACAGCAAGCCAGUGAGUUAAAGUAUAAAAUAGGAACACAGUGUAAGAGAUGGGAUUCAGGCAUCAUCCAUUGUGUUGUAUACACCUGAACUUUUCCCACAGCAGCAUGUGGAAACAUCUUUAGUAAAAAGGCCUGUUUAUUGGUCUGUGUGUUGAGCAACAAGCAUGAACUGUGCUAAUAUGAAGAAGUAAGAAUCAGUGCGACAUGUUGCGUGAAAAGCUGAGAGGUUAGCAAGUCUGUUUGGCUCUUUGCAUUUAGCGUUCUGCAUAUUGUGGCUGUAAAGGUCCCAGCAAGGAAGGGAGACUUGUCUGUAGGUGUGGGCGAUAUAUAACACUUCAUGUUAUAUAUUUUCACAUCACCUGCCACGAAAGAGCUUAAUUUGUAUUAAAAAUAGUUAAAGUCGAUGCAAGCCCAACUGCAAGCAACAUAUUGAAUGUGUUGUCAAUGGAGUGAUGAUGGUUGAUGUAGCUGAUGCAGUCUAAUGCAGUCUAAAGUAUCACCUCUGCUAAUAAACCUGGGAUGGACAACAGCUUUUCUUUUUUUUUCUUUUUUUUUGGCGAACCUCGUGUGUGUUUUUCACAGCUGCCCUGGCUUUCCUUUAACCUUAACGCUUUUCUUCUCCCCAGAAGUGAACGUCAGACCUGUCUUCUAAGCGGCUUAGCUGUGGUUUUUGGUUAUGUAAAGGCUUUGCUUUGGCCUUGAUGUUUAGAUGGGAGGCGUCACACUGAAUCAAGAGCAGUGAGAAGAGUUGCAGACAGCAAAAAAAAGUUUUGCACCUUUGGUACAUAUGGACACAACUAAAAUAUAAAAAAACACUGUAAUAAUUGUAUUUUCUAUCAUUAAUAAGUGUAUUACUCUGAUGGUAUUUUGUUCUCUGCAGGUAUUUCAUUUCAUGUGCUUCCUGUUUUAAAAGUGACUUUUUGGAUGUAGUCCAUCUGAGUGUUCUGCAGGACUACUGAGGCCAAAGAUAAUGAGGUUAAUUAGUUGUCUCACCUGUUUACAGUUGUUUACUCAACCUCCUGUUGACGUUGAUGGAUUUGAGGAAAUAAAAUGCACCUGU